AUGGAAUAACUUGAACAAUAAUUAAACUAAGGAGAUUGCAAAUUUUAAAAUUUUUCAACAUAUUUUAUACCUAAAAAAUAAUUAGGUUAAGGUUCAUUUGGAAAAGUAAUACAAGUUUUAGAUAUAAGCAGUUAAGAGGAAAUAGCAGUAAAGAUAAUAAAUAAAAAACGCAUGUCAGAAUAAAGCAUAUAAAAAAUCAAACAAGAAGCUUUAAUUUUACACAGACUAAAUCAUCCAAACAUAGUCAAAUUUAAAAAAUUGGUAGAAACAAAUUCAAAAAUACUUAUUGGAAUGGAACUUGCAAAAGGAGGUUCUUUACAAGAACUUAUUAUGAAUAGGAAAAAAUUAAACUUAAAUUUUAGUUAAAGUGAGGCCUCGCAUAUUUUUAAAUCUAUAAUAGAAGGAUUAGCUUAUAUACAUUCAUAAAAUAUUGUACAUAGAGAUUUAAAACCAGAAAAUAUACUUAUUGAUAAUAUUAAUGACUUUUAAACUAUAAAAAUUGCAGACUUCGGACUAAGUUAAGCUUUUUCGUUUUGGAGCUCGAGUAUGUUAACUAAAUAAUGUGGUACUUUAUUAUAUAUGGCACCUGAGUUUUUUACAAGUUAUGCUUAUUCAAAAUAGAUAGAUUUGUGGAGCUGUGGAAUUAUAUUAUAUAAUUUACUUGAUAGUGGAAAUCAUCCAUUUUAUGAUAGUAUGAAAGACAGUUCUGAAAGUUUUAAGAAUAAAUUGAUAUAAAAAAAAUAGAUAAAAUACCCCGAAUAUUUAAAUAAAAUUUCAAUAAAUUUAUUAGAAAAGCUACUUGCUUUAAAUCCUUCUGAAAGAUACUCUGCAAUACAAGUUUUAUAACAUCCCUUUACUACAAGAAGAUUAAAUGAUGAAAUUCCAAUGACCUUUAAUGAAAAAAUUAUUCGUAUUUAAAAUAUGGAAAAUUUGUUAGAUAAAAUAAAGGAAAAAUAAGCUGUUGAAAAAGGACUUAUGAAAAGGUAUUUAAUGAAUACUAAGUCGAGAUAAUAUAAUAUAAAUAGGAAUUUAUAAAAAAGCGCAUAAAAUAAACCCGAAAAUGAUAUGAGUGAAGAAACUAAAAUUAAAUAUAAAAAAUUACUAGAAGAUGGUUAUAGAAUACCUUGUGUUAUUUGUUGCGUUAAUUUAGGAUAUAUAAAAUAUACAUCAUGUUGUGGAUAGCCUAUGCAUGGUCAUUGCUAAACAGAAAAAAUAUAAAAUUGCCCAUUUUGUAGAGAUGAAAAAUAUAAACUUAUUACAGAAGUUCUAUAUCCGGAUAGAGCUUUUACUCUGGAGAAAUUAGAUUGA